AUGAAUAAUAAUAAUAAUAAUAAUAUUGUUGAUGAAUUUAAUAUAAUUCAUUUAAAUAAUUACAAUCAUUCUUUGUUAGAGUUAUUAAAGGGUGAAAGAGUUGUGAGAAUAGUGAUUAGUUGUGCUGUUAGUGGAGAUAGUGAAAAACAAGACUCUAUUACUUCUGUUGUUGAAAAGCAAUCUGUGGUGGAGCUAUUCAGUGAAGAAUUCAAACUUUCCAUUACAAUCGAUUCUAUUGAUAUUAAAGAAGACAACUUUAUCGUUAGAGUAGAAUCAUUAAAAGAUUGUAUUUCGAUCCUAAACAAUAUUAGAUCAGCGGCAACAAUAACAAUGUUAAAAUCACACCGUGUACAAUUUUCAUUGAUAUUAGAUAAUGUAUUAUUAGUAUUAAGAGGACAGACAGCAGUCGCUACAGAUAAAGAUACUCAAACUAAUCAACAACAAAGUAUUACAGAGUUAUUAUCAAACAAAUUAAAUAUCAAACCAACAAAUAUCAAUUAUAUCAAUGAUAGAAUUGGAUUAUUAAGUAAUAAUAAUAAUAACAAUAUUACAACUGAUAAUAUCAAAGAAAUAACAAGUUCAUUACAAAAUAAUAAUAAUAUAUCAUUAAUUCCAAUAUUUAAUAAUAAUACAAUAUUAUUCAAUAAGAAAUGGUUCACUGAUAUUGAAGAAAUUACAAAUUAUAUUGAUAAUCAUUUAAAGUCAGAUGAUAUUAUCGUUAGUAAUAGAAAUAAUGACAAUAAUAAUAAUAAUGAAAAUAACAAUAAAAAAACAAUCAAGGUUCAAGUUGGUAAAGAUGUUGUAGAGUAUCUCCGAGUAAAUAAUAGUGCCUUGGCUGAAUUUACUGCCGAUUCUAUCGAAAUAGAGAUGGCUGAUGACGGCUCAUCUAUUUCACUUAUUGGCAAGUCGGAAGAAAAACUCCAACGUGUUGCCAACGACAUUAAACAAUUCAUUGAUAGAAACUUGACCUUUAAAGAAUACACUAUUUCUGGUUAUAUCAAAAGAGCUAUGCCUGCAUACUUGGAGAAUCUAUUACAUCUGCAUCCAAGUAUUCGUGUCACCAUUCCAAAGUCACAACCGGUAUCGAGAGUUACACAAGUGAAACUAGCUGGUCUCUAUGCCAAAGACGAUGCGAAAUGGAAUGAAAUAGAUUCUAUCAUGAAGCAAUUGGCACAUCUACAACGGGUAUGGCCAUCCGACACUGACACUCCUUUGGCUUCCAACUACCCGGCGUUGCGAUACUACCAACUCAAUCAACUGCAAGAAGAUCUAUGUCUGUACGCUUUGAGCUACGACGAUAGACAACAUACUUUCAAACUAGUAGCAAGAAAUCAAGAGGAUAUCGAUAGAGCCAUAUCGAUAUUAAAGGAACUACCACAACGAGAAUUCGAAACAGUGGCCAAAUCCAUUGUUCUUAAAUCAAACUUUGUACUCCUAACGUUCUUCAAUGAAGUGUCCAAUGAAAAGAGUGAAAUCAACAAGAUCUUAAAUGAUAAUGAAAAGUGUACCGUAAGAUUACCAUUGUCCGAGGAGAGACACCUUACUUUAUACGGUAAGCAAGCUGAUAUCGAUAAGCUGGCAAACAAAAUCAACAGUUGGAUAGGCGGUGUAGAGAAGUCAGCAAUAUCGUUUGAACAUCAAAUCAGUGCAUCGAUAUCGAAAGAACUCCACUACUAUCCUGUCACUAGAAAGCUGUUUACUGAACACCAGAUAUUGGUUAGUGAAGUCAAGUCUCGAGUGUCCUCCAAUACAGUGCUAAAGUCUACCAAGCUGCAAGCCAGUGGUGGUGUAUUGCUAGAGGUUAUCAAAGGUAGUAUCUUGGAGGAGUCUACCGAUUGUAUUGUUAAUGCUGCCAAUGAAAGUUUGGCACAUGGUGGUGGUAUUGCUGGUGCCAUCUCUCGUGCCGCCGGUCGUGAUUUCGAUAACGAGUCACAUGAAUACGUAUCGACACAUGGUCGAGUCAAGACAGGUACCGCUGCAUUGACAUCUGCAGGCAAACUAAACUUUAAGGCUGUCAUACACGCAGUUGCACCUAUUUGGAAUUCAAACAAAGCCGAAUGUCAACAAUUAGUAUACUCUGCUAUCAAUAACACACUUAUCAUUGCAAACAAACAAUCAUUCAAAAGUAUAUCUAUACCUGUAAUUGGAAGUGGAAUCUAUGGUGUACCAAAAGAUAUUGCUGCUAAAUUCAUUGUUAAAGCAGUGGUUGAAUUUGUAAAGGAACACAAAAAGAAUGGUACUCUUUGCCUUCAAAAUAUUAGACUAUGUGAUAUUGACUAUGAAGCAUUAUCACAAUUACAACAGUCACUCGAUGAAGUAAUCAAGAGUCAAGAAAAGGAAAAGUCUGAAACUGACAACACCGCCAAUCAUAUCGACUCUAAUGAAGCCAUUGACCAAUCAAAGGUAAAGAUCAUUGUAACAUCAACAAACAAUGAUAAAGAUACUACAAUUGCAAAUCUACAAUACUUUAUUGAUAACAAUAUUAAAUUAAAUUAA